AUGAGUCUCGGUCAUUGUCUCUCUGUAUCACAUUUAUAUGCAUAUCUGAUAUCUCUGGAUCUAUUGUUCUCGCCUGUUGGAACCCUAACUUUCUCUCCGUUAACAAUGAAGUUUAAGCGUCGGCUGAAAGAUGCAGAAGCGCAAGGCCAGCAAAAUCCAUUUUAUCAUUCGCAGUCUUCAUCAUCCUCGUCGCCUUAUACUUACUACACAGAACAAGGGAUUCGAGCAGGUUUUCCAACCGGAGACUUUAGUGGAGGCCACGGAGGACCGGCGGUUUUUCGAGGACGUUUUGACAUGAGAGAUGCGUUCCAGCGGGAGAUUGAGAAGGAGAGGAUCAGAGAGGAGUUUAUAGCAGAGGAGAUGGCUCGUAAGCGUAUUUUGGAGGAGGUAGUGCGGCAUGAGUUGAUGAUGGAGCGGGAGAUGAUGGCUAUGAGGAGCGGCGGAGGAUUUCCCUCGCCGUAUAUGCCGCUACCACUGCCGGGGAGCCACAAUAACCUAUUUGACGCAGGAAUUUUGCAUCGGCAACCGAUUGGACUGGAGGAGAGAAUCAUAAUUUCUCUUGAUGAAAAGUAUUCCCGCGGCGGUGGCGGUGGCGGCUAUCCAUUGGAAAUUAGGGAUUUUAACGUUCUCCCAUAUCAGCGAUUUGCCGAUGCACCGAUAAUUCAAGAGAUUCCUACGCCUCUCCCAGAGAGCAGCCAAAAGGAAGUCAUUGUUCUGCGUAAGCCCAAAGGUGAGACCCUCACCGGAGCAAAACGGAAACCAACACCACCAGUCGCCGGAGACUCAAGCGGGUCCUAUUCAGACACUUCAAAGAAGAAGAUCAGAGAAGAGUGGAACUGCGCCAUCUGUCAGGUCACUGCCACUAGCGAGCGUGGUUUAAACGAACACCUUAAAGGCAAGAAACACCAAAUGAAAGAAGCAUCUCUGAUAGCCCAGAAAACCGGUGCUAACUGUGGUCUCGGGGUUGCAACCAAAAAACCAGUGGUCAAGUCGGUCAAACUUGAUGUCACAAGAGUCAACCUGAGCUCCAAGGAGAAAAACUCCAAACCCAGAAAGCGUUCACGUUCAGGUAAUCAAACACCAUCAAUGGAUAGCAGUAAAUCAAGCACAAGUUCAAAGAAAGAAGAUGAGAUGAAGGGGGAGAAGAACAGUGAUAAAUUCAAGUUUUGGUGUGAGAUGUGUAAAGUGGGAGCCUUUUCUGAAAAAGUGAUGAAUAAUCAUAAAGAAGGGAAGAAACAUUCUGUCCAACUUGUUGAACUGCUUCAAAAGGGUAAAUCUGUCAUUCCUUGUGACAUUGAGGAGAAAACUGGAACUGAAACAAAGGAGACAGAGGUCAAACUGGUUGAAGAAGAAGAAGAAGUGACCCGUAGAGUUGGUGUCUAA